AUGGGAAAGGAUAGUUGGUUAUGGGAAAUAACAUCCCUGGUUUUCAGCGCUGCCUGCGUGGUCGCUAUAGUGGCUGUUCUAAUCAAUAAGCAAGAAACCACUCUCGCCGCAUGGAAUCUACCAAUCGCACUCAACACUGUGAUUUCAGUCCUUGCGACGGUUUCCAAAGCGUGCUUACUACUCCCUGUGGCGGCAUCCAUUAGCCAGUUGAAGUGGCUGCAUUUCAACAGACCCCAUCGAUUGAGCGAUUUGGACUUGUAUAACAAUGCAAGCUGUGGACCCUUGGGUGCACUAUUGUUCGUCUGCAAGCUACCUCUGAGCCUGGGGGCUCUGGGUGCGGUUAUAACCCUUGUUGCUCUGGCGUUCGAUCCGUUUGCACAGCAGUUGGUAUCCUUUCCAAGUCGCCAGGCUGCCAUGCACAAUGAGACCGCGUCUUUCAGGAUCAGCCAGGCUUAUGAAACUGGGGCGUAUUACAACCCGCAAAACAACAUAGUCGACUAUACCGACUUUGCUAUGCAGGGAGCCAUUUAUAAUGGGGUUUUCGGAUCGCCUUCGCCGCGCGCCUUCAUCUGUCCAACCUCCCAGUGUACCUGGCCAGAUAACUCCAGUUACAUCUCACUGGGUGCGGCCGGAGCAUGCAAAAAUGUCACCCAGUCGGUCGUUAAUACUUGCGAGUAUCCCAUGAACUCAAGAUUAGGAGACUGCAACAUCACCACCCCCGGAGGCUACCAUCUCACAUCGAAAAGGCGACAUCAAAGCGCGACCUUCCAGUACACUCUGUUGAACACGACUAUCGGUCCUAGUAAACCAUACGCGGACCUUAUCAACUUUGCCGUGUGGCGCCUGAUUGGACAAAACCUGUCGGAAUUCGAAGUCCACGAGUGUCGAUUAAGCCUUACCGCGUAUCUCUACCGCAAUGUAUCAGUCACGCGAAAUACCCUGCACAUCCAGGACGAAAUACCCGUACCGCUGAAAAGCGUUGGCUCGCCAAAUUCCGGGUUGAACUGGUUCAGGCCAUCAGUCGGGCAGUUCCCGCCGGAGGUCAUGUUUGCACUUCAUGCCGCAGAUCACGCAAAGAUUACGGACCUUCUAGCUGAUAUUUUUGAUGCUCAAGCCAUGACCCCCUUUGGGGAAGGAGCUGCACUGACUGACGUCCUGGUUGCCGGCAACUUAUCCCGCAUUGUGGAAAAUAUCGGCUGGGGAAUCACAGAGCGAAUUCGCACCGGGCGAAACAGUACCAUUGCGAAUGGACUGGCCUAUCGCCUUGAGACAUAUAUCCACGUGAACUGGCCGUGGAUAACACUCCCGGUAUUAGUAGUGAUUGGCGCGGGUAUCUUACUUGCAUGCAGCAUUAUGUCCAAUUUUCGACGCAGCGCUACUCUCUGGAAGUCUUCUAACUUGGCUCUAUUAUUCCAUUCUGUGGAGGGGGUAAGAGACUAUGGUCACAUGCCUUUGUCGUCGAAUGAUGUGCCUCUCGCCGGUAUCGAGGCCUUGGGGGACAAACUGUGUGUCUUACGGGGUGAUAAUAUGGAAUUUACGCCUAGACCUUAG